AUGACUGCGGAGUUGAUGCAGGCUAGCUACAUCCGCAAUCCCUUCGGUCCCUCCGACAGUCGACACGCAAGUAUACAGGCAACGCUUGCAACAUUAGACAACGUUCUACAGCCAUACGCGGACUCUCGCAUGAACAAUGGAGAGCGUAAGCGGAAUCUUGAGGAAGUGCUGAAGCGGGCUGCGCUUUUCGCUUUCACGCUGUUUUCUCAGCCUAGCGCAUGGGAGUUCGAGUGGCAGGAGGAACAUGGUGUCACGUCAGGGGACUUGUGCAUUUUCCCCGCUCUUGUGCAAGUAGCGGACGAGGCUGGUAAUCCAGUCAGUCCGCCGCGGCCUUUCAGCGAGGCUGUGCUGUUAGCAAAUACUUCCAUCGGACAGGCCGACACACGAAACUGGAACACCAGCACAUCUGCACCGGCUGUGCCUAUUUCGAGCAAGUACUGCGUCAUUCUCUGCGGGUACAAUCAGCUUGAAGUAAUACGAACGACGCUCAUGCCAACGUUGACUUCGAUGUUGCCCGCCGCUGGCUUGUUCUUACCGGAAACACUGCAUCGGGCUGACCUCCCCACGCAAGCGCCUACGGAGACCGAAGGUACAAGGCUGAAGUAUUUCCAACGCAAGAUCGGGCGGCCGAAGCAGGAGCCUAGGAACUCUGAGGACCGGCGGCCGUCAAAUGCUAUUCCAAGGGAAACGCCCGAUGACAUCUUAUGCGACUUUCCAGCGAUACCGACUACCUACUACUUUGCGGACUAUGUCCUCACCACCGAGAAGGCUUCUGCGGAUACCAUCGCUUUCGUGAGCAUCAUCCAACAAGUGCGACAAGACAUCGAUGAGGCGACGCGCCUUUUCAUCUCAUCUGCGGUUUCGAAUUUCCUGGAUGCUUACCCAAAUAAGCGGAGAUGGAUCGAGACUUCCUUGCUCGAGGUGCGACGUGCUCUUAACGAAAUCGGCAUGGAUAUGGACAAAGCCUGGGGCCACGAUGGAGAUGGCGGCACAGCUGCAUCGAAGCUGAAGCUUGAGUGGGGUCUAAGAAACCAGAAAAAACUUCUGAAAAAGAAGCAGCUGUUAGAUCAGUGCCACGCUCAGUUGACCGGUGCUAUAUACGUCAUGCAAACGGCAGAACUCUGUGGGAAGCCUGGUGCUAUCGCAGAAACACCCAUUUUCGAGGCUCCGGUACGACCUUGGGUACCUCAUGAUGAGAAAGACGCGCUACGUGGACCUUAUUCGAGGCAGAAAUACCGAACAAAUCAAGCGAGCGUCUCCGCAUCAAAUAUCACACUGGCGUCUGAAGCCGAAAAAGACGACGUCGAAAUGUCAAUUCGGUGCCUGUAG